UUCUUCCCUCACUUUUAAACCUUUUAUUUUUCAUUGUAGUUUUACCCUCUUGCUUCUUCUGCUCUUCAUCUUCUUCAUUUUUCUUCGUUCUUUCUUUCUUCAUUAUUGUUUAUAUGUCGUCAAAUGAAAAUAACAAUUCGCAACACAACUAUGAUCCUUUCCAAGGAUUCAACCGGGCAACCUUUCCCUUCUUUGACGACAACAAUCCUUGUAUUUAUAACCAAUCUGCAGCUCCAACAUCAGCAGUAAUACAUGCCUUGGAUCCUUCAUACAUGAGCUUCACCGACUGCUUAAAUGGCGGCUCCGUCGUCGACUACAACAUCUUUUCGAGAACCUUUGACAUGUCUUGUUCUUCAUCAGAUGUUGUUAGUCGCAUGGAUGAAGGUACUACUAACACCAAGAAAAUCGGCAUUUCUGCAGAGAAUUCAGUGGGGGAUAAUCAAAAUCAGAAUCAGAAUAUUUCUGAAAACCUAUCAACACCCAAUUCCUCAGCGUCUUGUUCCUCUAAUGAAGACCAAGAUUCGAGCAAGGCUAAGAAAGAUAAGCAGCCAAAAGGGUCUGAAGACCAAGGAGAUGACAAGUCAAAGAAUGUGAACAAGGCAACAAAGAAGGAGAAAAGGCAAAAAGAGCCAAGGUUUGCGUUCCUCACAAAAAGCGAGAUUGAUAAUCUUGAAGAUGGCUACAGGUGGAGGAAGUACGGUCAGAAGGCUGUCAAGAACAGCCCUUAUCCAAGAAGUUACUACAGAUGCACAAGCCCAAAAUGUGGUGUUAAGAAGCGAGUAGAGAGAUCAUUUCAGGAUCCGUCGGUGGUGAUCACAACAUAUGAAGGAAAGCACAACCACCACAUUCCGACAACUCUCCGAGGCCAAGAUGCCGGGGUGUUUUCGCCUUCGAUUAUGUCGUCCUCGGCCGCCACAAUGGAUCCUUGUUUCCCUCAUGAAUUCCUAAGCCAUUUCCUCCCAUCAUCCAGCAAUGAUCCAGCAGGAAACACCAACUCCAUGCAGCAGCAGCAGCAGCAGCUUCAAAUUCCUGAUUAUGGGUUAUUACAAGAUUUAGUUUCUUCCUUCACCAGCAGUCAGGUACCAUGAAUGAACUCUUUACUGAUCUACGUGGUUACUGAU